GGAAGGACAUAAAAAGGGCAAAAUCGGAGCUGGAAGAAGUCCUCGGCAUGGAUUUGAAGGCAGAAGUGGAAACAAUGGCCAGUUCUGAUCCUGAUCUCAAGAUCAUCUCAGACAGCCUCGGCAAAAUCCCGAACCUGACAGCGGCUACGACGCAUUUGAUGGAGACAGCAUUGCCGUCGUGGCGAGUGGCAAUGGGAAAGGAUCCGUCAAUUGAAGACUCGGUCGUGGACACGGCGAGUCUCAUCGCGUCCGUGCAGAACUCCCUCCCAGCCACGGAAGACAAGGACCAAGUCGGGACUUUGCUCUCCGCCCUCUCUGCCCUCUUCCAAGACGAGACCUUGACCUUCUCGGAGGUAAUGCUGUCCAUCAGUCCCCCGCUCUACACGAAGACGAUAGCGGUGGUGCUGAACGAUACCUUCAAGCCCGGAGUCCACGACACGACCACCCACCGAGACGCCAUCGCCCUCGCCAACAAGAUCCGCGACGCGCUGAGCAACAACUACAAGCUGGCUGCAGGGCUGGAGGUGGUCGUGAAUGUCUCCCUUCCCUUCACACCCGGAAGCAUCGUUGCGAAUGCCAACGUCACCUUCAUCACGGACACUACGGAGGCGGCACGGGUCUGGGAAGAUGCUGCUCUCAUCACCGAAGCCACUAGAAUUAACGGGACUUCCGUUACUAUCAUG